AUGUCAUCGUCUGGUGAGCAAAGAAACGAGUAUCGAGUUCAAGAUUCGGCUUUUAUUGUUUCUCUUGUAAUCAAUGCUGUUAUAUCAUUGAUUGUUUUCUUUGCAUUCUGUUUCAUUAGAAGACGUUACAAGAACUUCUAUCAAUACAGAUAUGAGAGAUCACAUCCUGGAGUGGACACGCCACCUUCAGAUUCAUUCUUUGGAUGGAUUCCUUCAACAUUGAUGUAUGAGAAUGAGAAGUUAAUCACUCAUGCAGGUCUGGAUGGAUUCUUCUAUCUUAGACAGUUAAAGACUCAUUUCUGGAUAUGUUUCAUAUUAAUGAUUGUAACUGCUGUUGGUCUAUAUCCAACUAAUGCCCAGGGCACAUUCAAUGACUCUAGAAAGCCUGAUGAGACUGAGGUUGUUGGUCUGGCAACAGUUUCAAUGUCCAACAUUGCCAGAGGCUCUCGUCUCCUCUGGGUACAUUGGGUAUUCACACUCAUAGUUCCGCUAGUUGUCUGCGCUUUCAUCUUUAGAGACUAUCGCGAGUAUACAAGAAGACGCAUUCACUUCAAGAGCGAGUCUAGACUGCUCAACUACUCAAUCUACUUCAAGGACAUCCCCAAGCGACUGUUCAACAAAGACGAGUUCUAUCACUACCUCGACCGAUUCUACCCAGGCCAGGUGAAGGACGUCACUCUCAUCAGCCAAAAGAUGCCCAUAUACAAGGAUAUGAACAAACGAGAGAAGUUCAUCAACAAGUACGAGGCGGCCAUGGAGACGACCGCCAGGAAGAACAAGACUCAGUACACCAAGGACGGUUUCUUGGGACUGGUCGGCCAGAAGAGAGAAAAGAUGGAGUUCUUCCAGGAGAACAUUACCAACUUUGACAAGGGUAUCGAGACAAAGAGAGCGAGCUAUGAGGAGAACAUGCCCGGCCAUCGAUGUGGAUUCGCAGUGUUCAAUCAUCGCUCCAAUGCAAAGAUCACACUGCAGACAAUCAUGGACAAGAAAUAUCCAUACAAGAUGGUGACCUAUCCCGCACCAGACCCCUACGAUGUCUACUGGAAGAAUGCUGGCAUAUCUUACAAGUCAUUCCUGCAGCGCACUUUGGUCGUUUCAAUCUUUAUCUUCUUCUUGGUGUUCUUCUGGAUGGUACCCAUCACCUUUAUCUCUGGUUUCAGCAACAUCGCAACCUUGCAAAAGGUCAAGAUAUUCGACUGGCUCAUUGAUCUCAUCAACAAGUCCACCAUCUUGGCUGGUUUCCUCCAAGGUUUCCUUCCAUCACUCAUCAUGAUCAUCUUCAUGGCCAUCCUUGUACCUAUCAUCAAGUUGGCCUCAAGACUUCAAGGAUAUCAUGCACAUUCAUUGAUUGAUAAGUCAGUAUUACGCAAGUACUUUAUCUUCCAAGUUGUCAAUGUAUUCUUGAUAUCUGCAAUUGCUGGUUCCAUUUUCCAAUCGAUUGAAUCAAUCGUUGACAACCCUAGCAGUGUGAUCACAAUGCUUGCAUCAUCUCUUCCAGGUCAAGCAUUCCAAAUGAUUAAUCUUAUCAUGAUUUCAGCAUGCAAGCCAGUAUUCAAUCUACUUAGAAUAUUCCCAUUGAUAAUUAUGUUUAUCAAGUUGAAGUUCUUUGCAAAGACACCAAGAAAGAUUGCGCGUGUACAUCAUCAAGGUGGCUUUGGAUACGCCACAUCAUAUGCCAUCGACUUGUUAUACUUCCAAAUCCUGCUGGCAUACUCGACAAUGACCCCCUUCAUCCUGAUAGUUGGAACAUGGUACUUUGGCCUGUCGUACCUUGUGGCCAAGUACAACAUUGUCUGGGUCAACACUCCGGACUACCAAUCAGGUGGCUCGUUGUUUGGCCUCUGCUUCCGCCUGCAAAUUGUCGGACUGGUCAUCUACCUCCUGCUUAUGAUCGGUGUUUUCAACCUCUACAAGUUCUUCUACGGCAACCUUACCAUCAUCCCUCUGGUGCUGGUUCUCUUGUUUGCUCUGUACACCGAGUCUAUGUACAAAAAGAAAGCCCAGUACGGAGUGUUGGAUACACAAGACGCAAUUGAUCAGGGACAGCAACACCCUGUGUUCUACGACAAGUGUAUCUCAUUCCAAGAGUACACCAACCAUUACCAACCACCAUUCUACAGAGAGAUGAUGUCGAUCCAGUACCCCAACAAUGAGCAGAGUACUGCUUCAGGCCCUUCGAGAACUUAA